AUGGAUCAAUCUUUGACUCUAAUCGACGCCCAGGUCCACUUUGUGGAAGAGCGACUGGUCCUCGUUCACAUCCCACUGGAGUUGUACCCUUACUUCUUCAAGUCCGUCUUGAGAUUGAUCUAUGAUGAAAUCGCUCCAUUGGAAGAAGACCAUAAGGACGAUGAUGGCUCUGCGGACUUUGACGAUGGCUCUGUGAAAGAGUCAGAGUAUCGAUCGCCGGCAUUUUUGAACGUGUCCAUCACCCCAGUCGAGGUCUCCGUGAUCUGCCCCAGAGCUCUUGUCGAGAAGUACUUCGACCCUACAUUCACCAAAUUGGACCAGUUAGACAUCCAACUUCGUUCGCGGUUGGUUGUGAGUGACAAUGACUACAUUGCGAUGCAAGUUCUAGGCCAAGGCCUUGUGGCUGGCAAACGUGUGCUGGAAUUGACUAGUCCGCUUGCGCUGGCGGGAAUUUCCAUCUUCUUCAUUUCAACUUACUUUUCCGAUUACAUCCUGGUACCAUUCCACAGCAAAGCAAGUGUAAUAUCCACUCUCGAAAACCGAGGGUUCCAAUUCGAAAAUGCCACAGCAGCCUUCAUCAACAGCUCUCUCAGUCCAACAUCGCCAUGCAUCGAAAAAUCACUUGGCGAGCUGAUUCCGCCUGUCACUCCACCUCCAUCAACACUUGCCGAGCUUCAAACCCGCACAUUUGAAAACCUUCGCAAACGCCAAAUCUCCCCAGUGGUAGAUGAAACUCUACGCCUUGUCCAGUGUGCUGCCCACCAUCAAUACAAUAGCGAAGAAAGCUCCAUGUCCAUUCUCCGGGACGCCCUCACGACCACCCUCCUAGUCGACAAACCACGCUUUCUCUCUCUAACCUUGGCGGCGCUCGACCCCGCCGCAUCCCUACUCCUAGAAAAGCGGCUACUCCCCCGCUUCGCGAGCCCGGCAGCCUCACACCAGAACUACGAAGACGGCUCGGGGCUUCUCCUCGGCUCCAAAGAGGACUACCUUAUUCCCAUCAUGCUCGACCUGCGUGACCUGCCCCUUGAAGCAUCUGGUAUCGUUUGCGGCGUGGCAGGCCGACUUGCAGAAGCAACUGACAGUCACUCCCCCCGCACCCCGAACGAGACCCAGAGUCCUGCCAGCGGCAGCUCUAACAGUGUUAUUGGAUCUGUGACUGAGCUGUUUGAUACAUUUGGAACGCGAUUGGCACUCGGUGGUCUGGAUAAGAAUAAACGUCCCCCGCCACACCAACCCGUACCCGCGACUACGCACCACCUGAAGCCGGACUUGGACUUGUCGGCGGAUGCGGUGGAGAUUAGUUUCUUAAGUACUGCGCGGGCGGGUACUAUUAUUGUUGGAGAGGAUGAGUUGCGCCGGGCGAUUGAUGCCUUGGAGGCGGAAAAGAUGCAUGAUGAUGUUGUAGGGGAACCAAUUCAAGGCGAGGAGCCCGACGACACUGCAUAA